UAUCCCAUAUGAGAACAUUGUCCUGCAUUUAUUCUGUGUGAUUCAGAAGUAACAUGGAGCAGGUCACAGACUAUCUCUUCAGGUACAAAAACUACAACUUUCCCGUCAAACAUACAACCACAACUGCAGAGUACAUCGACUCACUGCAGAGCUUUGAAACACGAGAUAGUGAUAUUUUCCUCGUCACCUAUCCAAAGUCAGGAACCAUAUUUACUCAACAGAUCAUCAUCUCCAUCUGUGAGUUAGCUGGAGGUCUGAAUGAAUACCCAAACAACUAUGAGCAGAUGCCGUGGCUGGAGUACCCGGAGGGUCGAGGAGAUUACUCUCUGCGACCCUCUCCAAGACUCUUCUCCUCUCACCUCACCCCGGCUCUCAUGCCUGCAGGACUGAAGGACAAGAAGGGAAAGAUUAUCUACGUGAUGCGAAAUCCAAAGGACAACAUCGUUUCCUAUUACCACUUCAGUUGUGUCAUCGCCGACAUAGAAACUCCCAAGAGCUUUGAGCAUUUUCUUGAGAACUAUUUGACAGGCAAAGUUUUAGGAUCAUCCUGGUUUGACCACAUCAGGGAGUGGCAUUCAGUGAGAGACCAGUGCAACAUCCUCUUCCUGACCUAUGAGGACAUGAUUUUGGACCCGAAGACGGCCGUGACCAAGAUCUGCACUUUCUUGGGUAAAAACCUGAGUGAAGCAGCCAUUGAGCAAGUUGUAGAAAAAUCUACUUUCAAGAACAUGAAGAAAGACGUGAAAGCAAACUACGAGUUUCUGCCAGACACAAGGAUGAAGGGAAACUUCAUGCGUAAAGGUCAGAUCGGCGACUGGAAGAACAUCUUUACUGCAGCUCAGAGUGAAAGAGUUGAUCGACUCCUUCAGGAGAAACUCGGCAACAUGUCUCUGAAGUUCAUCUUUGAAUAAGCACAAUGUAAUCAGUAGCAGAGGUUGAAUAGUAAUAGAUUACAUCAGGAUUUUGUUAUAAGAUAAAAAAAAAAAAAGAUUACAGAUUAUAUUUAAAUAUGUGUGAAUAAAAUAAGGUUACAUUGUAAA